AUGGCUUUAGAGGAUUUUUGCAACUUCAGUGAGAGAAAUGUUGUGGAUCACUUAACCAACUCUUCUUCUCCUCUUAGCUGGAGAUCAAGUUCUAGGGCUGUAACGGCUUCACACCUCUCUAAACCCUCCAGCGUGGUUAAUUUUUACAUACCAUUCACUGACUACUUGACUGAAAGUCCACUUGAGUUUGGGCAAGUCAAGAAUUUCCAGAGGUCUGUCCAUGAAAGCGUUUUUCCUUCGCUCCCCAUACCAUCGGAUGAGUCUGUGCCUUUGCCUUUUCCAAUGUCACACGGCACCACCACCCUGGCUUUUGUAUUUCAGGGUGGUGUGUUGGCUGCUGCAGACACCAGAUCCAGUUGCUCAGGACUUGUAGCAUGCCCAGCUUCUCAGAAGAUAUUUCCCAUCCACAGUCACUUGGUAGGAACCACCUCGGGGACUUCUGCCGACUGUUUCGUUUGGAAGCGGCUGCUGGCUCGAGAGUUGCGACUGUACCAUCUCCGUAAUGGUCGACGGCUAUCCACGCGUGGCGCUGCCAAGAUGUUCUCUCAUAUGCUCCAUCCCUUUAAGGGAACAGAGGUGUGUGUGGCUGCGACCUUGUGUGGGUGGGAUGCCUCAGGACCUGAUCUUUUUUAUGUUUGCAGUGAUGGAACUCGCCUGCAAGGAACCCUCUUCUCAGUGGGCUCGGGUUCACCUUACGCUUACUCAAUUUUAGACCAAGGAAUUCAGUGGGAGCUGAAAACAGAUGAGGCCAUUUCCUUGGCCAGGGAGGCCGUUUACAGAGCGACACACAGAGACGCGUACUCUGGGAACUAUGUUGACAUUUUCCAUGUCUCCUCCACAGGAUGGACCCGGAGAAAAAGAGAGGAUUUGAAGCCAGAAUAUUACAGAGAAAAAGCAAUGCGAGAAAGGAAAGAAUGA